UCAGUAUCGAAAGUGAACUCACGUAGAAAGCUCGUGGCCGCAUACGACGCGCGUUCGGAGUUGUGUUUUGCGUACGAUUUUGGCGACAAGUUCAAGUUUUGCACUAUCAGUCGAAGUAUAGUCUCUACGUGACUAAAGACCAACGCAAAACAGUAGUUGGCCUGGAUAUUCCUAGCAAGAUCUUUUCAAUCGAUGAUUUACCUGUGCUAUUAGUAGAAAACACGAACGUGAAGAAUUGCUCAACUGAAAUCGGAGCAAAUGGUUACAUAACAGUGUUACUGAUCUACCAGCUGAAGUGUGUUUGUUUGAUUUGAAUAGAUCAUCACUGGUACUAUAUCUGCUCGAUUGCGCCAUGUGAGACCGAAAGGAGAGACCAUGUGUUACUUGUGGCAGAAGACCCAUUCCGAGUGCGUAUGAAAUUGCGCCGAAAAAAAUCAACGUGAAUGUCGUAUCGCACAGCGUGUCUGACGUCGAAAUGGUAAUUCUAUCGGCUCCACCAGGAGUGGGCAAUGCCAAUCUGUCCAGUGCAAAUAGCCACACUAUUCAUUUGGUUUUUAAGCAGUCGUUUUACGUGUGAUCCAAGUCUAUACUGGAUAAAACUUGAUAGAAGGUGCCAACUAAUGGUGGUUUUGUAGGAGUGUUGUGCAUUGUUGAACGUGAUUUGUCGCUUCUGCAACAUAUCGUCACGCAUUGUUCACCAACGCAGUAGCAAUAACAUGACAUUCAAGACUGCCGAACCAGCUGUAUAUAACUAGCAAUUGGUCUCCGGUUGAUCGGCGAGUGAUGGAAGCGAAAAGUGAUAAUCGGAAACACCGCCGCUGGAGUUCUACAUCGCCAACCAUAAACUGCUCGAAUUGAAAAUCAAUCCUGACAGAACAAACGAAAAUGCCAUUGUGAUCUCUGCCAUUGUUUCGAACGGAUGUGAGCAGCGAUCUACGGGAACGGACUAAAAGUGGAAAUUUGGUUAUCGUCGCUGGAACGAAUUGUGUGAAAUAUGAUCAAUAUUCAACACCUGUGCCGAAUAUGUUGUGCGUAUCUACUGCUGAUUAGUCUGAUGGCGAUGACGGCAAGCACGGUCGGUGCCUACCGCGUAGGAGUUGGGCGGGCGGAUUGCACAGGACCACCGGUGGAAAUUACCUUUAUGGGCUACGCACAACUGUCCCAGCGUGGAGCCGGGAUUCACCUGCGACAAUUUUCCCGAGCAUUCAUCUUCGAAGAGUCUGGCAAGCGGGCGGUGUUCGUGAGCGUGGAUGCCGGCAUGAUGGGCCACGCCGUUAAGCGUGACGUCCUAGCAGUGCUGCAAAAGAAGUACGGCGACCUGUACAACGUGAACAACGUAGCCAUCAGUGGAUCCCACACGCACAGCACCCCGGGAGGCUUCCUGAUGUAUCUGCUGUACGACAUGACUUCGCUCGGCUUUGUGUCGGAAACGUUCAACGCGUUAGUGCGAGGCAUUGCCCAAAGUAUUAUUCGGGCGCACAACAAUAUGAUCGAGGCACGAGUGUUCGUGUCGGAGAUCGACGUUCAGGAAGCGAACAUCAAUCGAAGCCCCAGCGCUUAUGAAAACAAUCCGGAGGAGGAAAAGUCUCAGUACAAGGAUAACGUCGACAAACGAUUGGUUCAAAUGAGGAUGGUCAACAAAAAGAACGUUGUUUUUGGGGCAAUCAAUUGGUUCGCAGUGCAUCCCACUUCCAUGAACAACACCAAUCGGUUCGUGUCGAGUGAUAAUGUAGGCUAUGCUUCCAUCCUGUUGGAACAGGAACAAAACAAGGGUAGUCUAAUAGGAAAGGGAGAGUUCGUAGGGGUAUUUGCCUCUAGUAAUCUUGGAGACGUUUCACCAAACAUUAUGGGUCCAAAAUGUGAGAAAACGGGACUUCCAUGCGAUGUACUUACGUCGUCAUGUCCAUCUGGAGCAGGAGCAUGCUUCGCUUCGGGGCCUGGCAAGGAUAUGUACGAGAGUACUAAGAUUAUUGCCACGCGUUUGUACAACGCUGGCUCGCAACUAUUAUCUAAAGCUGGUGGACGAGAAGUAACCGGACCAGUGAACUUUGUUCAUCAAUUCGUCGAUAUGACGAAAGCGGAAGCACUGUAUUACAACCCCAGAACCAGAGUUUUCGAACUAGUGCGUGGUUGUCUGCCUGCUAUGGGCUACAGCUUUGCAGCUGGUACAACCGAUGGUCCUGGAGCGUUUGAUUUCCAGCAGGGCACAGUAACCGAUAACGCCCUCUGGAAUGUGGUACGCGAUUUUAUCGCUGAACCAACGGCCGAUGAUAAGGAGUGUCAGGCUCCGAAACCGAUUCUACUAGCAACCGGUCGUGCCAAGUUUCCAUACGACUGGCAGCCGAAAAUAGUGCCAACACAGAUUCUUCUGAUCGGAGAUUUUGCUAUUGCCGCCGUCCCAGGGGAAUUCACUACCAUGUCCGGUCGUCGAUUAAGAAACGAAAUAUCCCGAGCGUCAGUCGCCGCUGGCGGCAGUGAGCUUCAAGUGGUUGUUGCCGGUCUAUCGAAUAUGUACUCCAGUUAUAUAACGACCCCGGAAGAGUAUGAAAUACAGCGCUACGAAGGUGCGUCCACUUUGUACGGCCCGCAUACUUUGACGAUCUAUCUUACACAGUAUAAGAAUAUGAUCAAAUCGUUGGUCACUGGUGAAAAAAUGGAUGCUGGACCAACACCCCCCUAUCAGGAUGACAAGCAGAUAUCGCUAAUGACGGGGGUGAUCUUCGACGGGCAUCCAAUUGGACGGGAAUUCGGUAGUGUGAAGGUGCAACCACUCAACACCUACGAACGGGGUGACGUGGUGUAUACUACCUUCGUAACCGGCAAUCCGCGUAACAAUUUAAUGCAUGACAAGACUUUUUUCACUGUCGAACAAAAGCAGAUCGAUGGGAAUUGGACAGUAAUAGCCACCGAUGCUAACUGGGAAACUAAAUUCAAAUGGGAACGGCAGUCAACGAUUCUCGGAUUUAGUGAUGUCGAAUUCCAGUGGGAAAUCGGACCAGAUUGCAAGCAUGGAACAUAUCGGAUACGGCAUUUCGGCUACUAUCGGUACAUACUGGGUGGCAUAUAUCCGUUCACCGGAUCAACCAAAACGUUCGUUGUGGGGUAAAUGUCGCUUGAGGGGACAGCUACAAUUGACGCUCAGAUGUGAUAAAUUUGUAGAAGCGCAAUUAGACAGAUCAUUUUAGAUAGAGUUAGGUAUAAUUACAAGUUUGAACCAAAAAGCCUAGUCAAUACAUGAUACAUAAGUGUAAUCUAAGCAUUGUAAGCAAUAAUUGAUUUUCUGAUAUGAAAUACGAUGUGGUGAAGAUA